CGGCCGCUCACCCGGAAGGAGAAGCCUAGCGUCUUACUGUAUAGUGGGGCACUCGCGGUGUUGCUGUGGGGAGUGGGUUCUGCUCUCAGGAUGUUAUACAUCAGUUGUUACGGAAUUGGGAUUUCUCGCCUUUCAGUUCAGGACCCCUUUGCAGUGGUGACUGCAUCAGCUGAAAAAUCAGAAUGUCAGCAAGAAUACUGUUGAAGAUGGCAUUGCAACCACAGAAUUUCCAGUUUACUCGACUGUGUAGCCCAAUUUUGUCAUAUAUCAUGCAGCUUCAUCUCUGCGUGCAGUGUCUGUGUGAAGAGACCUUCUGGUAUACUGAAAAAGAUUGGAAAAGCUGUGUGCUCUGCUAAUUUUAUGGUGUAAAUGAGUUCCCCUUCUCUUGAAAUGUUAGCCGUGUGAGCACAACAUAAGGAAAUUCAUUACACACUCUUCUAACGGUAAGGCAGAACUAAUAAGAGAAUGUGUUUAAAAUUAAUUGUGGGACUGUAAAAAUGAGUGGGUGUGUAAAUGGGCAUGGGGAGAGGAGAGGGAGAGCUCAGAGAUAGUCUUGUUUUCCCAGGAGCCAGCCUGGAUCAUUUGUUCGCAGUACAUAUUGGCUGAAGUCAGUUUUCAUUUCAAGAUGUUUUCUUCCAAUGGGCUUUUGGUGUAGAAUGUUGGAGAACCAAGAGCAGGAGGAGGUGAUCACUGUGCGUGUUCAGGACCCCCGCGUGCAGAAUGAGGGCUCCUGGAAUUCUUACGUGGAUUAUAAGAUAUUCCUUCAUACCAACAGCAAGGCUUUUACUGCUAAGACAUCCUGUGUGCGUCGCCGCUACCGAGAGUUUGUGUGGCUGAGAAAGCAGCUACAGAGAAACGCUGGUUUAGUGCCUGUACCUGAACUUCCUGGGAAGUCAACCUUCUUUGGCAGCUCAGACGAAUUCAUUGAGAAGCGACGACAAGGUCUGCAGCACUUUCUCGAAAAGGUCCUGCAGAGUGUGGUCCUCCUGUCAGACAGCCAGUUACACCUCUUCCUGCAAAGCCAGCUCUCGGUGCCUGAGAUAGAAGCCUGUGUCCAGGGCCGAAGCCCCAUGUCCGUUUCCGAUGCCAUUCUUCGCUAUGCUAUGUCAAACUGUGGCUGGGCCCAGGAAGAAAGGCGGGGCUCCUCUCACCUGGCUAAAGGAGACCAGCCUAAGAGUUGCUGCUUUCUCCCAAGAUCGGGCAGGAGGAGCUCUCUCUCACCGCCUCCCGGGGAAGAAAAGGACAGUUUCGAGGUGUGGGCUCCUGUUGUUGACUCUGAGGCUCCUUCCUUGGAGAGCCCCCCUCUCCCACCUCCCUCCUUUCCGUCAUGCUGUGGUUUUGCAAGACCUGAUGAGGGAAUCUCUGCUCCUCAGCCUGUGAGGAGGGCCAUGGGAGGGGACCGUGCAGUGCGUUUGGAUCCUGGUCAGUUGGAAACAGUUUUGGAAAAGUGAGCUCUGCUUGGAGCUCUGGGUUCUCCUCUGAGGCGGAUGAAGGAGAUGUGGGCCGGGAGACUUGCUCAGGUGGGGCUGGGCCCAGGCCGGUGGUGGGGAGGCUGGGCUGCUUCAUGUCUUACCGUGGCCUCUGCUCGCGUUGGUUGCGUGGAGGUCGGUGACAACUCGUCAGGCUUCUUCCAUAGAAAUAGACACUGUGCGGAUGUUUAUAAGUUAAGCACAAGGCGCAGGGGUUGUUGGUUCUGAACCAAACCCCAUAUUUACUCUUCUGGGAGCUGAAUUUCUUUAGAUGUUUGUUAACAGGCCUAGGAGCACUGUCUCAGGUGACUGGUUUUGGGGACCUGUAGGUGGCAGAUUUUAAGCUGCCAUAUUGAAUAAUGUUCAACAGAAAUGCUUGUGUCAUUGUAUUCCCACAGGCUCUAUUUUUGCUGCAGCCCCUGGAGCACUUAGUUUCUGGGAGGCUGGCCUCUUGCCUACCCCCUUGCAUGGACAGGGAGGUGAAUAUUCUCCCACCUCCUUGCUUUUCCUCCACUAAUACCACUGAAUGGAACGGUGCUGUGACUCCUGUCACUGGGGUUUCCUGCGCAUCCCAGGACCUCGGCCUGGCUUUAUGGGGCCAAGACCCAUGAAAUAGCUCAUGGCCAUCCACGAAAGAGAAGGGUUUGGUCACAGCCAUAGGAAAGGGACCAGUUCAGGGGCUUUGUUUUGGAAAGGAUGCCCUGGGCUGUCACCGUCUCUCUGGUUAUAAAGCGGAGACGCGUCUGUCUUCUCUGCAGGGUAAGCAUGGGCUCCUUUCUUUUUUGAAUCCUUUUCUUCUCCCUUAGUAACAGCUCCCUGCCCCCAGGCUUCAGCCACCACGUGUCCCUCUGCUGUGUUGCCGUAUGUUCAAUCCAGUGGGGUGCAGGGGCUUUGUUUCUGCCUGGAGAGAGGGCUCUGGGGAUGGAGAUGAGGAACAACACGCCUUCCUUCAGACAAUGAGGCAUUCUGCCCUCCUGCUGCCGUAAUUCUCUCCUCUGAGAGCCAGAGCUGGUAGGAGAUGAGUGCCGCUGGCAUUCUGCCCUGCCCUGCCCUUGGGUUUGUGUGUGUGGUUCUUCCCCUUCUUGCCCGCUUCUCCCUCCUCUGGCCAUCGCAUCCUGUCUCUGGGCUCUUUUACUACCAGCCUAUGCUAUGGGACUGUCAUGGCAUUUAGUUCAGAGUUGAGGGGUUUUGGCUUGAAAUAAAAUUCAAGUAUUUAA